AUGAGAGGGACGCGGUGCAGAAGAAGACCUUCACCAAGUGGGUGAACGCCCACCUGGCCCGCGUCUCCUGCCGCAUCGGCGACCUCUACGCCGAUCUCCGCGACGGUUACGUCCUCACCCGCCUCCUCGAGGUGCUCUCCGGGGAGCCGCUGCCCAAACCGACGCGGGGCCGGAUGCGGAUCCACUCCCUGGAGAACGUGGACAAGGCCCUGCAGUUCCUCAAGGAGCAACGGGUCCACCUGGAGAACGUCGGCUCCCACGACAUCGUGGACGGCAACCACCGCCUCACCCUCGGCCUCGUCUGGACCAUCAUCCUCCGCUUCCAG